GCUGCUGGUCGCCCCCUUGCAAGCGCAGGCGUGCGGCUGUCUGUACGUGUGUAGUAUUAGGAGUUUCUUGUGUGUCUAAGGGAAUGUCUGCCUCAGAAAACCAGGCUGCUGAAAUCAACAACGAAACUGAUGACAGGAAGGGAGACCGUCCAUGGAACAUCAUACGUAUACGUUUACCACCGAGGAAGAAGUUGCCUGACGCCUCCCUCACCCUGAGCAAGAAAGUACCUAGGAUUAACAAAACCGGAAGUAAGGAAGUACCUGAAAUGAGUACCGACAGCCCAGGAAAGAAUCUGAUAACUGCUCCAGUACUGGGUGAGGCAAGCAGCCAUUCCCCAAGAAUGGGACUGUGUAAUGAGGGCAGUAGCAACACCCUGAGCAAGACACUGUCUGCUAAACCUGAGAGUGAUACCUCAGGCAGCAAACAACCAGAUGAGGCAACUUACAGCACCCUGAGCAAGAACCUAAAAGUCGAUGAUAAAGAGCAAGGAAGUGAUGCAAACUGUUAUGCGGCUAAACAGGGACCGUAUGAAGAGGCCAACAACAAUAUCUUAAGCACGAUACUUCCUCUACCAGGCAAGAAUCUGAUAACUUCUCCAGUACAGGGUGAGGCAAGCAGCCACUCCCCAAGAAUGGGACUGUGUAAUGAGGGCAGUAGGAACACCCUGAGCAAGACACUGUCUGCUGAAUCUGAGAGCGAUACCUCAGGCCAUAAACAUCCGGAUGAGGCAACUUACAGCACCCUGAGCAAGAACCUAAGAGUUGAUGAUGAAGAGCAAGCAAGCGAUGCAAACUGUUAUGCUGUUGAACAUGGACCAUGUGAAGAGGCCAACAACAAUAUCUUGAGCAUGAUACUUCCUCUACCACUUCAGGAAUUACCUGAAAAUCAUAUAGACAACAGCCCAAGCAAGAACGAUAUAACCCCCGGAAUGCAGAAUGAUGAGGAACAUAACAACUCCCCAAGAAGGAAACUGCAAUAUGAUACUGACAACAAAGAAGAUGAAGAGGGUAACAACAGAAGCUGGAACCUCACAAUCACCGCUGGGAAGUAUGAGGAUGUUGUUGAAGAAGCUCACCACCACAUUCCCACCAAGAAGGUUGAAAACAAUUCCCCAAGCAAUUCACCAACUGAUCCAGCCAAACAAAUUUCCCCACACAAGAGGCUGCCUACCUCUUCAGUACAGGCUACUGGUACCAGCCGGAACACCCCGGGAAUGAAGCUUUCUGCUUCCGUUUGCCAGGCUGUGGAGCAAAAUACCAAUGCUGCGAACACGGAGGUCACAAAGGAGUUUCAAGAGUUUGAGGAGAAGAUCAAGCGAACUGUAUUUCUUGUCAAUCUUGACAACCUCUCUCACCAAGCUACAGAGGUUAAGAGCAACCCAAGCAGGACCCUAUCAACCACUGCUAUGGAGUGUGAGAUGUUUGAAAAUGCUAACCACACCAUUCCUAGCAAGAAGCUUUCUGAUGUGGCAAGAAACAAGGCCCCAAGCAAUAUAUCAACUGAUCCAGCUAAGAAAAGAACCCCACGCAAGAAGCCACGCACCUCUGCAUUACAGACUACUGAUACCAGCCAGAAUGCAUUUGGAAUGAAGCUUCCCAUUUCUGAUGGCCAGGCUGUUAAUCAAAGUAAGAGUGCUGCAGAUUUGGAUUCCAUAAAACAGUAUCCUGAGGACAACAAAUUGAUUACUGACAACCAAGGCAAGAAUGUGAUGACCACUCCAGCACAUGGUGAGGCAAGCAGCCACUCCCCAAGAGUGGGACAUUGUAAUGGGGCCAAUAGCAACACCUUUAGCAAGACACGGUCCGCUGAGUCUGAGAGCGAUACCUCAGGCAACAAACUACCGGAUGAGGCAAAUGACAAUAUCCUGAGCAUGAACCUAAGAGUCACUGCUGAAGAGCAAGGAAGUGAUCCAAGCAGUUACGCUGCUCAACAUGGACUGUGUGAAGAGGUGAACAACAUCUCGAGCAUGAUGCUUCAUCUUCAACUUCAGGAAUUGCCUAAAGAUCAUAUUGACAACAGCCCAAGCAAGAGCCUUACAACAACUAGAAAGCAGGGUGAGGAGGAACAUAGCAACUCCCCAAGAAAGAAACUGCUCUACAAUACUGACAAUAAAGUAGCAGAUGAAGAGGGUAACAACCCAAGCUGGAAUCAAACGAUCACCGCUGUGAAGUCUAAGGAGGUGUUUGAAGAAGCUAAUCAUCCCAUUCCCAGCAAGAUGCUGUCUGGUGAGGCUAAAAACAAUGGCCCAAGCAAUAGACCAACUUAUCGAGCUAACAAAAAUGCCCCACACAAGAGUUUGUGUACCUCUUCAGUACAAGCUACUGGUACCAGCGGGAAGACCCCUGGAAUGAAGCUUUCUGCUUAUGUUGACCAGGCUGUGGAGCAAAGUACCAGUGCUGCAAACAUGGAGGUCAUAAAGGAGCAUCAAGAGUUGGAGGAGAAGAUGAAGGAAACUGUAUAUCUUGACAACCUCUCUCACAAGGCUACAGAGGUUAAGAGCAACCCAAGCAGGACCCUGUCAACCACUGCUAUAAAAUCUGAUGUGUUUGAAAAUGCUAACCACACCAUUCCCACCAAGAAGCUGUCUGAUGUGGCUAGAAACAAGGCCCCAAGCAAAAGAUCAACUGACCCAGCUAAGAAAAUCACCCCACGCAAGAAGCCGCGCAGCUCUGCAGUGCAGGCUACCGGCACCAGCCAGAAUACAUCUGUAAUGAAGCUUUCCACUUCUGAUGGCCAGGCUGCUAAUCAAAGUAAGAGUACUGCAGAGUUGGAAGCCAUAAAACAGUAUCAGGAGUUCGAGGAGAAGGUCAAACGAACUGUAUACCUUGACAACUUGUCUCACCAGGCUACAGAGGCAGUCAUAAAAACAGCUUUGAGUCAAUUUUGUAGUAUCAGAAAGGUUAGUUUUGUUGUGAACUACACCAUUCCCUACAAUAUUCCUCAAUCUGCAUUAGUAGAGAUGGAAACUGAGAAGGAUGCUGAAGUUGUGGUCAGUAUGCUGCAUGACUUCCCUUUUAUGAUCUCUGGAAUUCCAAGGCCUGUUAGGGCGAAGCAUGCUACAGCUGAGAUGUUCAAUGAUCGCCCCCGGAGACCUGGGAGUAAGUUAAAAUUUCGCUGGGUGGGCCACAGAGAUCCUGAUUAUGAGAUUCUAAAAAAAUCGAAGAUACUCUCCAGGAGACAUGUGGUGGAGAACUUUGCACUAAUUGAGCAUGAACUAGAUGAGGAGAAAUCGCUAGCAGAGCAGCAGCAGGAGAAUCUGAACUGCAAUCGCAAGAUGUUGGAGACCAUGGACAGCGUCAUUCUGUCUGGCAUGACAAACUACAUAUCUAAAAUUUAUAGCGUCAAUUGGAACGAUGUGUUCUGAAAAUGGCUGAAUAUUAACGGUGCUCUUUAAGCACAGCGUUGGUACUAAUCUCGUAAGUGCCUGUACCAUCUGGUUGAAGUGUGAUCUAACCUCCGAAUCUGAGAGUUGGAUGGUUGGACUGUGGCCGUUUUAUUUUGUGAAACAGAUGGCAUUGAUGUCGCAUACUUGAACAUGGAGGACCUAGGGUCUGUGGAACUUGACCUCAGGAAGUAGUCAAUUUAUUGACAUUGUAAAGUUUAUGUUCAUGCUCAACGUCAUUUGGAGUAUUAUAAUCCUUAUGAUCAUGUUACAGCGACAAAUCUCCAUUUUAAGGGCUUCUUAGGAGAUUUUCAAAAGGUAUUUUAGAUAGGGUUGCAAGCCGCAGCCCACUUCCAGUUUUUGAGUGUCGAUGUCCAAGACAUAUGAGGAGUUUAGUGCUUCAAGUUCAUUGCUACAAAAGGAAAAAGUUCAUUUUGUAUUA